AUAGACUGAAACGGUUAUUUUGAUGUCAAUCAAUGUUUGAAAGUGGGUGGCGUACUAAAAUAGCGUUAACAAUGUUAUCAAGAGCCUAAUAUUGGAAAAAUAUCUAUUAUUGUGCAAGAUUAAUGGUUUUAAAACUUUAUAUUAGUGGUGCAGUGGAAUAAUUUGUUUCCUUACGAGCUAACAACAUGUCCAAGUCGCAGUCCAAAAUUCCAUCUCCUGCCCGCUCCCAGGGUUUCAUCACCCCCCGGCGUCGUAUCCGACGGACCCUGAGUUCUGCCUCACCAGCACAGUCCGAGGGCCGUCUGUCAACAGUGGUGGAGAAAUUUGUGAAGAGUGACAAAUUUGUCUUGUCACCAAUGAGGAGGAGAUCUGUGUUGCCGGAUAGCACUGAUAUUGAGGCACCAAGGCGUGCCAGCUGGUGGAAGAGGCUGGAGGGGAGCUCCCGGGACGUCCUCGAAGCCCUGGACACUAACAAGAUGACUGACGACUUGCUGCUCGAGGAAUAUGAGUUUGAAGUUGAGAAAGAUGACAAGCAGAGCCAAUCAGCCCAACAGAGUCAUAGCAGCGAAAACGAAUCAGUCGCCAGCAUAGUUGUACCACAGAGAAGGCUUUUCAACCAGAAGAAACAAAGUGAAGCCAACUUUGGCGACAUCAUGGGAUCUAGAAAGUCCUUAGGAAAGACAAACAUUGAAGACCACUCUAUAGAGGAUGCUCCAAAAACCCUCUUCAAUAAAGGACCUAGAAAUCGACCAAUUUUUCCUGCUGCUUUACUCAACUCUACUAAUAAAACUAUAAAUAAAACUGUUGAACCAGAAACAAACAAACAGACUCGUCCAAAUCUCUUCGGUCAAGCAGGAACUAAAAGAAAAAACAUGUUCGCAGAUUUUGUCUUGUCAGAUAGUGAGGAGGACUCAGAGGUCCAACAUAAAGUAUUUGGAUUCAAAAAGAAUAGCAACAAGAGAUUGAGUUUGGGUACUCGUAAUAGGCGAAUGCCAUCUCUAACGCCCAGUGUGACCACUGAAAUUGAUAUUGAUGAUUGGAAUCUUUUACCAUCAUCUACUAUGAUUGGGACACAAGAAGGUUCAAGAAUCAGUGAUAAAGAUAUGGAACUGCAACACGAAAAUCAAGAUAAUACGCUUACAGAAGACGUAUAUUUAAAUCGCACCAAUAAGCAAGCACAUAAGAGUGUGAUACAAGUUGAUGAAAAUGAUAAAACACUCACAAAUGAAAACAUAGAAGAUGCCAACAAAAGUCAAGAUGUAGAAGUAAAGGAUGUGUCUAAACAAGUAAACAAAACACAAGAGAAAAGCAAAACUAAACUUAAUACGAGUGUCAAAGAUAAAUCUUUACGAAAUAAAUCUACUAAGCAAGCUACUAGUAUUUCAAAUGCUGAAAAUGUGCAGAUAGAAGAAGUGGUUGCUAAGCAACAAGAAAAUAAUACUACUGAUAAAAAUACUCGAUUAGCUGAGAACGAACAAUCAUUAGAAGAUAGAAUGGCUGAAUUACACAGAGAAACUGUUGUAUCAGAAAAAAGUCGACCAAACAAAACAGAAGAAAAUCCAGAUAUUUAUGAAGCGGCAAAAAGUACCAAUCAACAUAUUGAUAGCAGUAAACAAGACCUAGCAGGCAACAUUUGCGAGGCAAAUGAAGAUAUAGAUAAAAGCGAAGAAGAAAUCGAACCAAGUGUCGAAGAAGAGGAAAAUCGGUCUGAACAAGCAUGCAAAACGAGUGAAAAUGUAAAUAAGAGUCAGGAACAAGAGCAAAGCGAAUUAGAACAAAGAGAAAGCGAAGAAGAACGUGGCCAAAGUGAAGUAGAACAGGAACAAAGAGAAAGCGAAGAAGAACGAGGCCAAAGUGAAGUAGAAAAAGAACAAAGUGAAUUAGAACAAGGAGAAAGCGAAGAAGAACGAGGCCAAAGUGAAGUAGGUCUAGAACAAAGCGAGGAAGAGCAAAGUGAAGAAGUACAAGAACAAAGUGAAGAAGAACAAGAAGAAAGUGAAGAAGAACAAGGUGUAAGUGAAGAAGAACAGGAACAAAGCGAAGAAGAGCAGGAACCAAGUUUGGAGGAACAGGAAAACCAAAACCAAACUGAUGAAGUAAUCGAAGAUCAAGAUGAGGAUAUGAUUCAGAAAGAUAAAAGUGACGAAGAAAUGCCUCAAGAAAACCAAGAUGAGGAGAUGGAAGAAAUGGUAUGGAACGAUAACGACGAUGAAAUGUUAAGUGUUGCUGCGGAAAAGGAAGUUGCUACUGAAGCUGAACCAAACAAUAAAGUUGUACAAAAUCAAAAAAAUACUAGUAUUAGCAAGCACCUUAGCAAGCUUAAGCAAAAUGCAGACAAAAGCAAAAACAUCUCAAAUAAGAGUCACAAAAUCGUAGACGCCUCAGUAUAUAAUAAUCAAAAUGAAGAGGAUGUAGUAGAAGAAACACCAAACAAUUCUACUCACGACACAACAGGUCAAAACAUGAAAGAAGUUUCUAAAGUCCACACACCAGAAGCUGUAUUACAAAAUAUGACUAACGACAACGAAUCUUUCAGGCCAAUAGGUCGCAGUACCACUUUCAGAAAAUCAAAAAGCGUGUAUGAAACUAUGAACAUGAGGCUCAGUUUAGCGCCGGUCCAAGAAAGUACUUUAGGCAGUGACGGGUCGAGAAAUUCAAGCACAGAGGGCUCCGAAUGGGAUUCUCAUCGCACCACAAGAAAAACUAUACGUCAGACUUUGGGCAAGGAAUAUACUACACGGAAAUCCUUGCGUGCCUUUGUCAUGGAACAAUCCGCUAAACGUCAGACUGAACUUUACAACACGUCAAAGUUUGACAAAACUAAAAACAAAACUGUUACAUUAGAUGGAAAUGUUAAGAAUACAUCAAAGAUGAACAAAACUAGAAAUAAAACAGUUGUCGAAGACCGUAAUGAUAAAAAUGCAUCAACAAUUAACAAAACAAGAAAUAAAACAGUCAUUGAAGAUGCUAACAGUGAUAAAGCAUCAAAGGACAAAACUAGAAACAAGACUGUAUUAGACGACAUCAACGAACAACAUAUCCGUAUCCACAGAUCAUCCAAUCGUAAUAUUUCAAGUAAUCAGUCUUCCAAUUUGAAAUCCCCUGUUCAUAGGACCUCGACCCAUCAUGUGCCAGAUUCACUGAUUUCAGAACACGAGAAAUCUUACCACAAAUCUCUUCACGAUAUUGAGGAACCUAAAAUAUCUGAGAAUCUAUCGAAUCCAGAAGAAUCUGUGAACAUACCUUUAGCAGAUAAUAACGAUUCAGGGCCAGAGAUAUCUAUGAAUGCUUCUUAUGGUCAAGGAAUGUCUGCAUCUGGUUAUGAAAUAGAAGAAACUUCUAAUAAGAUCAAUAACAAGGAUAUUUCACGCCGUGGCACUUCGUUACGCCCAAAAUCUAUACAUCACAGUGAAGAAGUUUUAGACUAUGAAGCUUCAGAACAAGUUAUAUCUGGUCUUGAAGAUCAGGAGAAUUCAGAACAUGAAUCUAUGCCAGAUGAAAAGGAAUCUGAACCUGAAGAGAGAGAAAUGGAACAAUCUGAACAGGAAAUAGAAUCUGAACAAGAGGAUUCUCAGCAGGAUAUAGAAUCUGAUUGUGAACAUGAAACUCAAGAGAUAGAUGAACCUCAAGAGACUGAAGACGAUCAAGAACAAUUUCAACAAGAAAUCGAAUCUGAUCAGGAGAUGGAUGAAGAGGAGAUCGAAUCUCAACAAGAGAUAGAAGAUGAAGAGGAACAAUCUCGACAAGAAAUCGAAUCCGAUCAAGAGGAAUCUCAACAAGAGUUAGAAGAUGCAGAACAGUCUCAACAAGAAAUAGAAUCAGAACAAGAAUCUCCACAAGAGAUAGAAUCUGAGGAAGAACAGCAAUCAGAAAAUGACCAUGAUAUGUCUCAAGAGCAAGAAAGUGAUCAUGAUAUUAGAGAAUCAGAAAACGAUGACCAAGAUAACGAUGAUUUUAUAUUAGCUUUCAAUUCUGAAAACAAAAGGCCAGAAAAACGUGGAGUUUCUCGCAUAGUGUUUGAUAGUAGUAUGAUGUCUGUCGAAGAAAUAGAUUUUGAAGGGGUUUCCAGACAAACUGAUAAUGAUAUUACUGAGAAUAAUGAAUCUGAACAAGAACCUGAAUUAAGUAAGGCUUCGUUGCAAAGAGUUUCGGAACCGAGUGUUCAUGAUGUGUCGGUUGGCACGAAGAGAUCUAUGGUGAUGAUGCAGAUGCAGAAAAUAGCGCAGAAAAAUAUGGAGCAGGUGGAAAAAAUUAGAGAGCAAGUGUUUAAAUCAGUAAAACCGCCCCGUAACUACAACCCCAUGUCCCCCAUCCAAGUCAAAUGCAGCAUCCGCCGCGUGGUCCAGCCUGAACCUAGGAAGCCUAAGCGAAAGCCUAAACCCACGGGUAUACCUAGAGAGGCUUUGCCUAAGGCUUUCGUCGAGGACCUGAUGUAUAAGCCGCCGAAGAGAUUUCAACCUGCCAAUGCCCCGUGGAUAACUAAGAGGCUGUAUAAGUUUUUGGAAUCGAAAUUGGAACCUAAAUACGACUACCGUGCGCGCGUGCGCGCCGAGCAGCUCGUGCAGAGCCUCUUCAGCUUCUGCCGGCUGGCGCGGCGCCGCGCGCUGGCGCCGCCGCGCGCCGUGGAGCGCCUCAAGCGGGAGCUGGCGCGCCUGCGCGUCGUCACCACGCACCACGACUUCUACCACUUCUUCCACGAGUUCAUGCCCAGGGAGAUUAGGAUUAAGGUAAACCCGGACGUGGUGAACAAGAUCCCGGUGCCUCGAAACGUGUUCUCUGAUAUCCUCCCGCCGCACACCGUAGACGAAUAAAUGUUUUGUUAUUAUAUUUCAGUAAUUAUUAUGAAUUAAGUAAUUAUGGAAAUUGCCUAUUUGUUACGCUACGCUGGAAUUAUAAGUUUUACAUAAAAUA